GAUGCGGGCGGGCCCGACACUCGCUUCCGGUUUCCGCCAGAGCCCGGAGUCGUUGCGCGCCGCCGUCAUGGCAGCGGAGGAAAAGGACCCUCUGAGCUAUUUCGCGGCCUACGGGAGCAGCAGCUCCGGGUCGUCGGGCGAGGAGGAGGACAGCGAGCCCGAGGAGACCCGCGACAGGGCCCCCGAUGCGGCGGGGAAGCAGGCGGAGAAGCGGCUGCCGGGCCCCGACGAGCUGUUCCGGAGCGUGGCGCGGCCGGCCUUCCUCUACAACCCGCUCAACAAGCAGAUCGACUGGGAGAGGCGCGUGGUCAAGGCGCCCGAGGAGCCUCCCAAGGAGUUCAGGAUUUGGAAGUCCAGCUGUGUGCCACCCCCAGAAACAUACUCAGCCGAGCGGAGGCCGCCACCGCCAGAGCUGGACAUGGCCAUAAAAUGGUCUAACAUAUAUGAGGACAAUGGCGAUGACGCCCCCCAGAAUGCUAAGAAAGCCAGGCUCUUACCAGAAGGGGAGGAGACAGUGGAAUCUGAUGAUGAAAAAAAUGAGCAUACUUCUAAAAAGCGCAAAGUAGAACCAGGAGAACCAGCGAAGAAGAGAAAAUAGAAAACAACAAAUACGAUUCUAUGGACUUGAAGCUUGUUGAAGUGGUUUUGGGGACAGAUUAAGUUGAUACUGAUAAGUUAUUAUUACACAACAUCUCCAUGAAAAUACAGGCUAAUAAGUAUUGCUGCAGGAAUUUUACAUUUUAGAAUUUGUUUUUAUUUAAAACUUAGAUGUAUUUAAAGUUCAGAUGGUGAUGUGAUUGUGAAACUGACGGUUGGAAGCAUUCUUGCUGUCCAUGAUUGGUGAUGUGCUUUGAGAGUUUUGUCACAUGUUGACAUGCCAGUAUACUAUGAACCUUUUAUAAAGGAAUAUAUUUUUAAAGUAAAUAUAUUGUAAUGUACUGUGAAUUUGUAGGGUGCUUUACAACAGUGUUUGUACAGUGUAUAUAGAUCAUGGAAAUAAAAUUAUUCACUAUUAGUAUUACUGCAUAACAAACAUUUGAAUAUUUGUGACAAGUACCAUUUUCUAUGUUAUGUUUCAAAUUGUAGUAGUAGAUAUUACUAUUUAAGGGAGUGCCUCCUGCAUUCCAGGUGCUUUGUGUUACUUUAAUCCUCAGACUACCCACUAAAGCAAUAUAUUAACCCUAACCUAUUAUAAUAGAGAUUAAUUUGUCCUCCUAAUAAGAGAUGUAUUUGAAAUUUAACUCAUGACUGAUUUCAAAGUCAUACAGUAGACCAUUAAUCUAUGCACCACUCAAAAUUUAACUGCUGUUGCCAUCUUUUCCAGCUACUCUUCUGGGAUAGGAGAUCUUCACUGAUUAUAUUACUGUACUUGUCAUGAAUAUCUAAUACCAUGAUUAUUUGCUAAAUGUUUACUAGCUUACUGAAGAUAAGGAUCUUAUGCAAGCUGCAGUAAAUCAAAAUACAGGACUCAGUUAAAAGGCAAAUUUUUUUUCUACCCCCCCCGGAAAAUUUUAAAUAAACAACAAAGUCUUCACUUAUACAAUAUUUGGAAUAUACUUAAGUGAAAAAUGUGUUUAACUGAAGUUCAGAUUUAACUGAACAUCCUUUGUUUUAUUUGGUAAUCCUAUAUGUUCUUUUCUGCCCAGAUUCUAUUUUUUUUCUUCCAGAUUCUAUUUUAAUGUGUCAUAUGUAAUAAUAUAUAAGAAAAUGAGCAAGAGGUAAUCAGGAAGACAUUCUUUAAUUUGAGUUUUACAGUUUGAAGUGCAGUGUAGUUUGCAGUAUCUUGAUUAAAAAGAGGAUCACACAUUAUGUCAAUUUUCCAGUAUUCUUGGAUCUAUUAGAUUUAAGAGUUAAUACAUAAAUCUACUAUACAUAAAAUGUAUAAGAAAAAUUAAAGACAUCUGUCUUUGAGUUUGAAAAAAAAAUCCUCAGUGUAAUUGUUUUCCCUCAGAAAGACUGUCUUUUGAAAAACUAUAUUAAGUUUUAUUUGGGAGUGUGGAGUGAGUAGAGUAAAAUAUGUAAGGCAGUAAAGUGAUUAUGCCAGCAUGGCGUUUUGCAGAAUGAGGAAGGAACAUAACAGUACGAUGGAUCUAUUGUAUCUAAAAAGCCAACUCUACAACUCCUUGUUCUUUAGCACAUACCUAGGACCUGAAAUUGAAGUAAUUUAUACAGCAAGAUUCUUUUUUUAAUGUAAGAGUCUCUGUAUAUGAUCAUUGAGCAAGUUACAAGUGCUCGGGAGUGCCAUCCACCAGCCCAGUGUGAUGCCAAACUAAAUAGUUAACAGAGUUAACAACUGUGAAACCUAUAGUCUGGAUGCAUGUAUUAGAAAGGAAAUCUCAGAAGAUGGAAAAAUGAUUUUCUAAUCAGCAUGAAAGCAAACCAAUAAAAGCCAUGAUCUGACCAUC